ACGUCAGGCAGUGUUGCUCUGGACUAACAGCUCUGAUCGACCGGGGUUCGUUCCUGCAGAACCAUGGAGUACCGGUUCGCCAGAGCUCCGGCUCCGGUCCUGUCCCCGCUGGAGGAGUCCAGUGAGGAGGUGAGCCGGGACAGCGGGAUCGUGUCCCAGAGUACCAGCACCCUGUCCACCGUGUCCAUGAUCAGCGAGGCCCUGAGUGCUGGAGAGAUCUCCCAGAGUCCGAGCUUCUCCAACCACAACAACAGCGUCUCCCAGAGUCCGAGCUUCUCCCACAACGUGCCGCGCAGUCCCAGUUCACCCAGUGCCGGCCUGUCCCACAGUCCCAGUCUGGGCGCCGGUGUUGGUCAGGGUCCGGUCCAGGAUCAGGAGGACGAGGUGUUGAAGCGGACAGCACUCGGUUACUCAUCCUACAUCAGAGCAGACGCAGGAGAAGAGAUCCUGUGCCUGGAGAAGAGUCUGGAGGAGAUGCUCACCCGAGUGGACGAGUUUGUGGGCAUGCUGGACAUGAUCCGUAACGACACCUCACAGAUAGUGAACGUGAGCCUGCCUCAGAUCUACAGGAAGUCAGAAGACAUGAGGCAGAUCUACAGGAAGAUCGACAACCUGGAGGCGUUUGUGAAGAUGGUGUCGGCCAACGUGGGCGCCAUGGAGGAGCAGGUGACCCAGGCGGAGGGCGAGGUCAAGACUCUACCGGGCGCUUUCCGGAAGAUAUUUCGAACCAUGAGCAUGCCGGGAUUUUUAAACAAGCCCUCCAGUCCCAAACGAGCCCCCCAGCAGCACCAGGAUUGUCCCUCCGUCUUCAGGACCGACGAUUACUUCCCGCCUCAGUCGGGGCAGUGACGUCCGCGCCGUAGCCUCGACCGGAACUGGACUGUCAGAUGCACACGGGCAGUAAAUUCUGCUCGGUAAUACAGCACUCGCCUCCAACAGCAAUAUCAGAGUCGUGCUCCAGAACACCGACCACAGCCGAGCGCUCUUUAUAGCACAGCGAUACAAGGCAGCUAGUUUUAUAACCGAACUACUUUUCUUUAAAGUGCCUCAACUGGAAACGCAGCGUUUAUUUCACCCACCGUUCACACACGUACGCAUUUCUGUUUACCACACGAUCGAUUUUUAAUCAUUAUACGCUAUAUGGACAAAAGUAUUGGGACACCUGAGCAUGAGCCUGUUCCAAAACCGUGUGCGUUUAUUAACUAUAUAUAUUAAAUCGCUUCCUCUUUCCUUUCUAGGUUUAAAAUCAUCCAGUAUUAUGGUAUAGGAAUUUGGAGUGUGUCUGUGGGAAUUUGUGUCCAUUCAGUCAAUAUAGCCACUUAGUCCAGGCGCUGAUGUUGGAAGUUAAGUUGAAGUCGAACCGUGUGUUUAUAGAGCUUGCUUUGUGCAUAAUCAUGGUAAAAGAGAAGGGGACUUCCCUAAACUGUUGCCACAAUGUUAAAAGCAUAUCACAUUAUCAUACGUAAACAUCUUUUAGCAACAGAUGUGGCCAAAACAGUUGAAUUUAAUCAUCAUAAAAGGUGUCGAAAUACUUUUGCCCAUAUACAGUAUAUAUGUGUACAUAUGAAUCCCAUAAUAGUCAAAUAAAGAUGUAGAAUAAUGUAAACAAAAGGGUCAAUAAAGGGUGAUACAAUAAUAAAUCAUAAAAUGAUUAAAAAUGAAGCGGUAACUGAAAACAGACAGAUGAAAUUGGUCCACAUCUGGAUUAGAGCAACUGUCAUCAGGAUUUAACACAUUUUAGGUCACAAUAUACACCGAUCAGCCAUAACAUUAAAACCACCUCAUCAGCUCCACUUACCAUAUAGAAGCACUUUGUAGUUCUACAAUUACUGACUGUAGUCCAUCUGUUUCUCUACAGACCUAUUUAGGUAUUUUUAAACGUGAGUAAACAGAAAUAAAUCUGAAGCUUCUGCACUUAGGGUGUUCUCUUACUUAUUUAUAAUAUUUAUUAAAUAUAUAUACACUUUGUAGUUCUACAAUUACUGACUGUAGUCCAUCUGCUUCUCUACAUGCUUUGUUAGCUCUUUUCAUGCUGUUCUUCAAUGGUCAGGACCCCCACAGGACCACCACAGAGCAGGUAUUAUUUAGGUGGUGGAUCAUUCUCAGCACUGCAGUGACACGGACAUGGUGCUGGUGUGUUAGUGUGUGUUGUGCUGGUAUGAGUGGAUCAGACACAGCAGCGCUGCUGGAGUUUUUAAACACCGUGUCCACUCACUGUCCACUCUAUUAGACACUCCUACCUAGUCGGUCCACCUUGUAGAUGUAAAGUCAGAGACGAUCGCUCAUCUAUUGCUGCUGUUUGAGUCGUUCAUCUUCUAGACCUUCAUCAGUGGUCACAGGACGCUGCCCACGGGGCGCUGUUGGCUGGAUAUUUUUGGUUGGUGGACUAUUCUCAGUCUAGCAGUGACAGCGCUGCUGUGUCUGAUCCACUCAUACCAGCACAACACACACUGACACACCACCACCAUGUCAGUGUCACUGCAGUGCUGAGAAUGAUCCACCACCUAAAUAAUACCUGCUCUGUGGGGGUCCUGUGGGAGUCCUGACCAUUGAAGAACAGGGUGAAAGAGGGCUAACAAAGCAUGCAGAGAAACAGAUGGACUACAGUCAGUAAUUGUAGAACUACAAAGUGUUUCUAUAUGGUAAGUGGAGCUGAUAAAAUGGACAGUGAGUGUAGAAACAAGGAGGCGGUUUUAAUGUUAUGGAUUGGCUUGCGCCCUGUGUUCCCCGGUGGACUCUGACCCGCCGCGACCCUGACCAGAAAAAAUUCCUUAAAGAAAACCUGAAUAAUUUAGGUAAUUUUUUUUUUGUUCUUCUUUCGAUCUCGAAUGUUUUUGCACAACUAACUAACAGGACUUUUGCUUGAACAGGCUUUUUCGAUGCCACGGCUGCUUGUGCAUCGUGAACAAAACGUCAAUUUUUACUCUCCGCUGUAUAAAUGUACUUUUAUUCUGAUUGAUCUGAUCUGUUUUUACUCUGUUAUGGUUGUUUUUCUUGAUUAGCAGCUUGCCUGACUGAUGCCUGUUUUGAGCUGAUUUAAUGAAUUCGAUUUGUACUGAUUAUUCAUUUAUUUAUAAUAAAAUAUCAAUAUCACUUUA